AUGUGUAAGCCUCAUGGCGUAGCCAAAAGUUUCCAGAAGAGUUUCCGCUUUGAACUACGACCAUUACCAUUAUCUUUUGUACUACACAAAAUAACUCCAUUUAAAAGAUAUGAAAUUAAACAUGCAAUUAAAAAGCGUCAAAUUGUCGAAGAUGGUGCUUCUUCCCCUAUACCUAAUGAAAUAUCACUAUCAGAUGGGGGUACAAUUGAGGAUGUACUAAAAGAACAAGAAAAUCAACUUGCAGAAAAACAAGAAGAUAUUCCUACUAAGGUUAAUUUGAUUCCACAAGUAAUAAUAACUUCUUUUAUUAAGCCAAUAGAAGAUGGUAACCCCAUUUUUUUGCCAGAGAUGAAUUCUGAAAUGUUAAUAGGUGAAAAAGAUGUUGAAAUAGAAAAGCCUGCGGAAGUGCUGAUACAACGAAAACCAGAGAUUAAAAUAGAUGAAGUGGUGUCCUCAUCAGAAACAAUUAUAGAAAUAACCCCGAAGCCGAUAAUAGCAGUACCACCUCCACCAGAGCAGCCGCCUAUCCAAAAUGUAAUUAUAAGCACACCGAUCGAGAGUACAAUACCACCGGUGAUAAAAAAUCCUAUUUUAAACAAUCCAACUAGGCCCGUUGUAGGACCCGGUAUUAGUGGUGUAUCUAAUACGCCUUUAUUGUUUACUGAUGUAACGAGGAUACCGUUAAGUGGUCAACCAUUUUCUUCUCCAAUAGCAAUCCCAUUUCCUGAAUUAAUAGUACCCUUUGCUCCUUUAAUACCAUCACCACCACCUCCUCAGAUUCCUCCCCCAUCACCACCAUCGAUUCCUCUUCCAGCACCACCGUCGAUACCUCCUCCACUACCACCACAACCACCAGUACCACCAGUAGUUAAAGAAGAACCACCAGUAGUGAUACAAGACACCCCUAAUUUUCUGGUUAAGGGCUCCCGUUUUGUAUUAUACUUUGGUUCAAUGAUGUUACAAAUGCUAUCACAACUAGUGAACGGUCGUGUAAAUUUGAAUCAACCUAUCGAAGUACCGUUAUUUACGGGGGUUCAA